AAUAGAUGUUGGCAUGCAUUUAGUGUUUUUAUAUUACAGCACUUAAGAGGGCAAUAAUUGCUAGCUGUUGAGUCUGGAUUGUUUAUCGUAUCACCCAGAGGCAGAAGCAAGGAAGGAAGAUCUGCUGCCUUUUUCUGCAGCAUUGGGAUGGAUGUGACAGAGGACACGCAUGACCUAAACACCAUGGAGGUAAUGACUGUGAUUGUUAAGGAAGAGGACUGUGAGUGGGAGUCUGACCACUCUGAACAGGAGAGUCUAAGCCUCUCGGAUGAGGAGUAUGAACUGGUGACUGUGGGCAUUAAAGAAGAAGCCGAGGAGAUAUCUAUCAUCCCUGAGAUGAGGACUGAGAAAAAUUCAUCUGUUAGAACUGAGGAAGAUCAGCCAUCACCAAACCAGUCUGGAGAAGCAUUGAUUACUGGACAUGAGAUUUUGCCACCGUCCACUUUGCACUCGAAGUCUCUGCCUGUUGUGAAACUAACCAAGACAGGUAAAAAGCUCACUCGACAACAGAUGACCAAUACAAAUUCAUCUGCUUUGUCACUCUUACAAGAGCAGAAGAAAAAGUUUAAUCAAAAAUCUAAUGACAAUAACAAGCAGGACAGUACUCCAAGAAAGAAGACACAUUGCUGUACCGAAUGUGGAAAACGCUUCUUCUGCAGCAGCCUGCUUGAGAAACACAGAAGAGUUCACACUGGAGAGAAGCCAUAUUGUUGUUCAGAAUGUGGUAAACGAUUUUCGCUAAUGAGUUACCUUCGGAGUCAUGCAAGAAUUCACACUGGAGAGAAGCCAUACUGCUGUACUGAAUGUGGCCAACAAUUUGGUUACAGUAGCAGUCUUCAAACACACUUAAGAACUCACAGUGGGGAGAAGCCAUAUUGCUGUACUGAAUGUGGCAAGAAAUUCUCACAAAUAGGCAAUCUUCAGGCUCACCAAACAAUUCACACUGGCGAGAAGCCACAUUGUUGUUCAGACUGUGGAAAAUGUUUUGCGAGAAAAAUUAAUCUUAAGAAACACAGAAGAAUUCACACUGGAGAACGCCCAUAUUCCUGUUCUGAAUGCGAAAAACGAUUCUACAGCAGUAGCAGCCUUAAGAGACACACCAGAGUUCAUAGUGGAGAAAAGCCGUAUUGCUGUGCAGAAUGUGGAAAAGGAUUCACCAGCAGUAGUAAUCUUCAGCAACACACUAGAAUUCACACUAAAGGGAAGCAACAAAAGAAAAAAGAAGAAAAAAAAUGUUAAAACGGAUAUGUGCUGAUUCU